AUGGGUUUGCCUUCAUUUCUGAAGUUAAAACUUCAUUUGUUUCUAGUCUGUUUGCUUAAUGUUCUCACCAUUAGCUCAACGGAGCUAACAAAAGAAGAGGCCGUGCUUUUUGGCGGGAAUUUUCCAGCUUUGUAUGUUAUUGGAGAUUCAUUGGUUGAUCCAGGAAACAAUAAUUAUCUUCUGACUGUAGUCAGAGCUAAUUUUCCACCUUAUGGUUCUAACUUCGAAGGAGGCAAAGCCACAGGCCGUUUCAGCGAUGGCAAAACAAUUGCUGAUUAUAUUGCUAUGUAUUAUGGGCUUCCUCUGGCUCCUGCUUACAUGGGAUUAACUAGAAGACAAAAGAACAAUAUCUCAACUGGUAUUAACUAUGCUUCUGCUAGCUGUGGGAUUUUUCCUGAGUCAGGAAAGAAAUUGGGAAUAUGUCUCUCCAUGAGUGUCCAAGUCGAUCUAUUCAAUAGAACUAUCGAUAAGAAUCUGAAGAAAAACUUCAAGACGCAGUCAGAGCUUAGUAGUCACUUGGCUAAAUCGUUGUUUUUGACCGUGAUUGGGGUUAACGAUUACGCUUUCUCAUAUAACAAGACUACACAGGAUGCGAAUGAGUUCGCAAACAGGCUUCUUCAUGAGUAUUUGAUACAAAUCGAGAGAUUGCAUAAGUUAGGGGCACGUAAGUUUUUCGUCAACAACAUUAAACCUUUAGGUUGUUACCCUAAUAUCAUUGUUAAAACGGUACCACGUGGAAGCUGCGACCACGAACUAAACCUUGCGAUCACAAUUUUCAAUGACAAGCUUAGAGCAAGCCUGUCUGAAAUGCAUCACAGACUCUUCAACACUUCCUUUUUAUACUCCGACUACUUCAACUUCAUGUUGGAGCUACGUGGACCUUCGAGCAAUCGAGCUAGUUCGAAUCUAUUGAACACGACAAGCCCAUGUUGUCCUGAGGCUUAUGAUGGAGGUUUAACCACGGCUACUUGUUUGCCGGUUUCGAGCGUGUGUAAGGAACCGGACAGGUAUAUUUUCUUCGAUCCGCGCCAUCCAACUCAAAUAGCAAAUUUCAUGUAUGCGAUUCGCUGUUUCCAGGAGAGAAAAAUUUGUCAUGUUGUUAAAAAUUCGACUCGAUUAGUAUAG